AUGGAAAAAUCAACCUCACACAUCUUCAUGAGCAUAAAACCAGAACACAUACAAAACAUAGCCUCAAGAUCCAAAAACCACGAAUACCGCACCUACCUCCUCCCACCAACUAUCACGCACAUCUGGUUCUACACCACCAGCCCUAUCAAACGAAUCGAAUACGUCGCCCGUAUCUCACCCGGUAAAGUCCCAGGCGAAGUCUCUGACGACGGCGGGAUCGGUAAUGCAGAGUUCAAUGCCGGAUUGAAACAAUCCAAGUACGGGUAUGAGAUUCUCGUGCUGUGGAAGUUGAAGAUGUCUGUUAGUUUGGAGAUGGCUCUUGUCGAAGGGUUUUUGAAGGGUGCGCCGCAGAAGUAUUGUUGGGUUUCGUCGGAUUUCUUACAGAGAUUUAGAUUGGAUGGGCAGGAUUUGGUGUUUUCGGUGGAUGGGUGA